AUGCAGCCGCAGCCUGGCCCAGGCUUCAGCACCAGCUUAACAAGCUUCACUUCACUGGAACGUCCAUCGAAAGUUUAUCGUGGACAGUGGGUUCAAAGGAGCCCUUACUGCAAAGCUUCACAAUCACCGCUAGGGCUAUCAGGCAGAGCCUUUAAUGCUUUGCUUGGGAUCACACUCCUUCGUCCCAGGCGUUUGGAGCGGAAACAUGUUUUUGCAGAUGAAGGCGGAAACCGGCCUGCAAAGAAGCUGCCCAAUUACAUGGUUCGAAUCCUUGCUGGCGUCAUUCUGGGCGAAAUCAUGGGUCCAGCCACCUUCGCAGGCGGCUGGCCGUUCCUUUUUGCCUACACUGCUGUUGUUUAUUUGAUCUCGGUCGAGUACUCUCGACUGACUGCUUGUGUUUUGGAGCCACCGCCUGUUAGGGCGCAGAAAUGGGCACUUUUCCUGGUAAGCGCUUCAAUUCUCUUGGCAGCGCAUUGCAGAGUCCUGACCGGCAUCUUUGAAUGUGCCGCGGUGACCCUCCUCGUGUUGCUACUUCUCUUGCAAGGCAACAUCAGACCGCAGGAUGGCUCGCCACCGAUUUCGUUCUCCCACAUCGCCUCUCAAGUCUUCGGGGUUUUCUACGUGGGUUAUCUCCCAUCGUACUGGAUAAGACUGCGAGCCCUUGCUCCAGCUCUACCAGAUGGAGCUCCCUCAGGCACAAAUGGACUUCACUGA